AUCCCACCUUCAUAAAACCCGAGAGAGAAUUCACUUUUUUCUUGUCAUAUAUUUCUCAACUUUAAUUGCGGCAAGGAGAUGCCUGCAGUUGAUGUGCCUGUGCCUGACAGCUCAUCGACUAUGCUGGCGGCAGGGAGCUCCAGCGGGGAAGGCGUGGCUGGGGUAGUUCGUGAAGGCAGUCAUGAAACGACUGCCGUUUUGUCAAAUUCAGUCCAAGAAGACAAGGACGGCAGAGUUGAUGAUCCGGGGGACCGGAAUUUAUAUGGAGGAAACCGAUGGCCUCGCCAAGAAACCUUGGCGCUGUUGAAGAUACGGUCGCAAAUGGAUGCUGCUUUUCGUGACUCUAGUCUCAAAGCUCCAUUAUGGGAAGAUGUUUCAAGGAAGCUAGGUGAGCUUGGUUAUUACCGAAGUGCCAAGAAAUGCAAGGAGAAAUUCGAAAAUGUUUAUAAGUACCACAGGAGAACCAAAGAAGGCCGAUCUGGGAAACAAGAAGGAAAAACUUAUCGAUUUUUCGAUGAACUUGAAGCUUUUGAUCAUCAAAACAAUCACCCUUCAGUUCCACCAAAACCUCAAGUACUCUUGUGGCCCAACAACCACCACCAUCCAAACAACCCAACUGUAGUCUCUCAUGUGAUCACUUCUAUUGUUCCUCUUUCCUCAACACCAAACAUGAUGGCCACAACAAAUGGUUCUCCAAAUGGCUCUCACAUCUCACCCCCACCAAUAAAUUCUUUGCCACCACAAGUUACAAAACCUGUGAAUCUCUCUCAUCAAAACCUUAAUGGUUUCAAGCCAAGCUUGGCAACAAGCAAUCUGUUUUCGAGUUCUACUUCGUCUACCGCCUCGGAUGAAGAGUUUCAAGUUCAACAGCGCCAUAAGAAAAAGAGGAAGUGGAAGUACUUCUUCAGAAGGCUGACCAAGGAGGUGCUAGAAAAGCAAGAGAAGCUGCAGGAGAAAUUCUUAGAAGCUAUAGCAAAAUGUGAGCACGAACGAACGGUGAGAGAAGAAGCUUGGAGAAUGCAAGAGAUGGCAAGAUUGGAUAAAGAACAUCAAAUUUUAGCCCAAGAGAGAUCUUCAGCAGCAGCAAAAGAUGCCGCGGUUAUUGAAUUCUUGCAAAAAGUUUCGGGGCAACAAAAUGUGACGAAUAAUAUUCAAGCGAUUGAGGUCAACCGCACAAUACCAUCUCGGCCUCAGCCAUUACCAGUACUAACGCGACCACCACCUCCAGCUCCGGUGGCGGUGAUCACAACAAGUUUUGAGGUUCCAAGACUGGAUAACGGCGACAAUUCAAUUAUUCCUCCUGGGUCUACAAGAUGGCCAAGAGUUGAAGUUGAGGCUUUGAUAAAUCUAAGGACAUGUCUUGAUGUGAGGUACCAAGAAGCUGGGCCUAAAGGGUCUCUUUGGGAGGAGAUAUCGGCUGGGAUGAAGCGGCUUGGAUACAAUAGGAGUGCAAAGAGGUGCAAAGAGAAGUGGGAGAACAUCAAUAAGUACUUCAAGAAGGUGAAGGAGAGCAGCAAAACAAGGCCUGAAGAUUCAAAAACAUGUCCAUAUUUUAACCAGCUGGAGGUCUUGUACAGAAAGAAGAACAUGAAUAAUUCUAGUCAUGUUGGUUAUGUGGAGAAACCCCUUCCUCAAGAAAUCCAGCCAUUGAUCAAGGUCCAUCCAGAUCAGCCCGUCGUUGAAGCUAUCGAAAGGGAAAAUGGGAAUAAAAAUGAAGAAGACGAAGACGGAGAAAGUACGGAGGAAGAAGACCAUCAUCUUGAUCAUAGCAAUGAUGAUGAUCAAGAUGAACAGAUGGGGAUAGUGACCAAUUACAAAGAGUCAUCAAUGGAGAUGGUGGAGUCAUGAUGAGUGAGACAGGAUAACGGGGGUUUGUUAAUUUUUCAGAUCCAGUUGACGUAAAAUGUCAAUCCCAAAACUGUCCCAACACAUGACUGUAAAGGCAAAUUUACAACACAAAAAAAGGAUAAUGUUUUUCUUUUUUUAUCUUUUAUCAAGUCAAAAACUUAUCUCACAGUCACUCUCGAUCAAUAGUAUGGCAGGAAGUACAAUCAAGCAUCAAGUGGGCUUUGUUUGCAGCAAAAGAAUGAUCUGCAGUAAGGGCAGUGUUUUAAGGUGGAGAAUUUUGAAAUCACAGACCCAAUUAAUUAAGGUGAUCUUAAACCAAUGGGUUGUAAUUUUAGUGAGAGAGAGAGAGAGAGAGAAAGAGAG